GCCUAGCAUUAGCAGCUAGCCACAUGCUAGCUAGAGUGUUCAGGAAUACCUCACAGACUCUCAUGGUUUUCCAUGUUUACCUGCCGUCUCUCACCUGUGCGCUGUCUGCUCUCCGUGUAAGACAUGCAGGACAGGUAUAACGAGAUAGGAUUUAUCCAGCAGAUACUCAGUUUGAAUUUAGUGCCGAGAAAAAAUGGCACCAUCCGAGGCAACGACACAUCGCUCGGCGACUUCUCAGAGAUGUGGUAUGGAGUGUUUCUGUGGGCCGCAGUCUCCUCCCUGGUCUUCCACCUCCCUGCAGCUCUGCUGGCUCUCGCCACCCUUCGCCAGCACAAGGUGGCACGCUUCAUGCCCAUCGCCAUCCUCCUCAUGGGCAUAGUGGGACCAGUUUGUGGAGGAGUUCUCACCAGUGCAGCCAUAGCCGGUGUGUACAAGGCAGCAGGGAAGAGGAUGAUCUCUCUGGAGGCGCUUGUUUUUGGUGUGGGGCAGUCCUUUUGCGUCCUCAUCAUCUCCUUCCUCAGGGUACUUGCCACCCUCUAGCAGCGGCCUGUCCUGCCUGGCUGCACCUAAGACUCCCGGGGCAGUUGUAGCCCUGUCAGAGCUUCUGCUGAACUUGUGACUCACCUUUCUGUGGUAGAAGACAAAAAACCCCGGCCCAUCACUUCAUUUCUGAGAUACCUACAGACCAACAUGGCCAGGCCCAGGAGAUAAUGUCACAACACUGAGGGAAGUGGACCAGAGCUGUUUUCAUUCAAGCAUCAAGGAAGCAGAGCGUAAAGAAUGAGCAACAUGCAGAUCGAAGCAUGUUGACUUGGUCGUGCUAUUGACUCAUCCUCCCAAUGCUCAGCCAACAACAGCAAAAUGCUUCAUUCAUGUCAUAUGACAAGACGGUAGAUAUGCGCUUACUAAAAAAUAACCUUCAUGUCAGUGUUCAGGGGGUCAGUACCACUGGGAUGCUCCUGAGUACUGACAUCACCAACAAGGAAAUAACUGUAGUCAGGUGUAGGGAAUGAUAUAUUAAUUUUAAAUCAAACAAACAAAAUCUACCAUUUUCAUGUCAGAAGUCAUUUUCUCAUCACAGCUACUGUAUGAUCUAAACAUGAUGGCAGGACACCACUACAUACUGGUUUGUCACUGGCAUGAUGAUGUUUGGUUCACAGUAAAACGCCGAGGCAAAUCACUAAGUGCAAGCCUUAAUGCAAAACUGAGCCUUGGUGGAGUGGAGGGCUCUGUAGUCCCUGGGCAAAACAGCUCCCAAAGUAACACUUAGCACGCAGACAAAGCAGAUUUUGCCAAUAUAAAAGAAGCAAGUCCUGGUACCCAGUUUUUGUGUGUAAUUACAAUGAUUUGUGAUCGUCCUUUCAGGUAGUUUCUUCCUGGUUGCUAUCGGUUACUAUGCAGAAGUCUGCAUGCUACCUGCCGGAUCUACUUUCCAGUUAACAUUGGAGAAUAACAACAAAAUAGCGCUCUAAUUACCUCCAAAAUGGGUGCUGGGAUUUUUUUUUUUUAAAUUUUGGCAUAAUCUGUGUAACAGUGGUACUUUCAGAGCUAUGCUGCUGCUCUCUGGAAGAAUCAGUAAAACUGAACCCAUGAACCCAGCGUCCCCUUUGGCUUCCUCCAAGGAACAGACCCGUCCCCCUCUGGAGGCACCUUGCCCGGGCUGAAGUGCAGCAGGUUUUUCAGUUUUUCCUGUUGGCAGUUCAUCAGAUAACGAGGAUGUUUCCAUAAAUGUGGAAUGGUACAGCACCAGGAAACUGUACAUCCCAGCACUCCACCAAAGUUCACUUCUGCUUUAAGUUUGAAAACAGAUUAUCAGGUGCAACCAAAAUCAGCAGACCACUUUGAGCCCCCGGCAUCCCGAGAGCUUCAGAGCCUCGGACUGAUCACUCGCCAGUUGUCACGUUUUCCCAGCGGUUGUUUCCACAUGACGUGAAGGCAGCGGGACAGCG